GUGUUUCUUCAGAUGAAGGUAGGUAGGGGUGCAGCAGACGCCAUUCGGAGCGUGCACGGGAAGGACUACACCGUAGGAACCUCACCGGAUGUGUUGUACGCCAACUCUGGUUCCUCCCAAGACUGGGCCCGGAUGCAGGGGAUCCCCUUAACCUACACCUUUGAGUUGAGAGAUGGCGGGACGUUUGGCUUCGAGCUUCCCCAGGAUCAGAUCCAGCCGACCUGCGAGGAGGCCUACAGCGGAGCCCUGCACAUCAUCACCUACGCCCACGACAAGACCUUUAGUGGGGCCACUGCAACCACCGCUGCAACCCUGUGGAGCAUACUGUUAGCCUUGGGUGUCACCAGCACCACCCUGAUGUGAGGGGGGGAAAUAACUCUUGCUGUUU